UAUCAUAAGAAGAACAUGGCGUCGAUUAUUAAAGAUACGGGUGAAAUUUGGAGCCGAUUAUUCGAUCAUCGACCAUUCAUUCAAGGUGAAAUAACAUUUUUCCUACGCGAAUUUCAGGAAAAAAGAGACGAUCGAGAAGUGGAACGACUCUUCAAAAUACUUGAAUAUUCAACAGAUUUAAAAGAAAGUCAACUCGAUCGAACAGAACAACUUGGGGAUUGUCAUUUACCUAGCUUAAAAGCAAAUGUUGAUGUUGCCCUAAGUAUGUGUGAAAGAGUUCUUCAAAAAGAACAAGAUUUUGAUAGUGAUAUAGCAUUACAAGCAAAUAGAGAAGCAAGGAAAAUAGAAUGGGAAAAAUUUGUUAAUGAUAUGAGUGAAAAGUGUGAAAAAGUAAAUCAAACUUUUGAAGAGAAAGAAAAUGAAAUAAAAGAAUUUUACAUUGAUUUAGAAAGAAAAUUGCACAUCACAUCAUAAAUGUACAAUAACUAUUUCAUUCUUAUAUAAAGUAUAGCAAUAUAAUAUAUUUUAUGCAUAUAUUCUAAUAAUUUAUAACAUAAAAUAAUACCAGGCUUGUAUUUAAUAUAUAAAUAUUUAAUAAAAACGUUUUU